AUGGAAUAUAUAUUGUGGAAUCGAGAUGAAUUUGACAGAAUUUAUAAUUGUACAGGAAUUAAUGUUGAUGAUAUUCCAAUUGAACAAAGAAGAUAUCCGUUAGCUGCAAUUAUUUGUAUAAUAUUAGGCUGCAUAUAUUAUCCUUUAUAUUUUCCUUGUCUUUACUCUUUUUGGAAGAAUAGAGCCAAAAAUCCUUGUUAUAUACUUUUAAUUUAUCUUUCUAUAUUGGAUAUUGGAACUCUUUGGGUACCAACAUUUGCUAUAGGAAUCUUCAGCUUAAAUGGUGUUGUCUAUUGCUCUUUACCUUUUUGGACCUAUUUUGCUGGCUGUGAUCUUUUAUUUUUUUGGGCUGCUGAAUGUAGUGGAGAUUUGAUUUUGGGAAUAAAUCGUUGUCUAGAAAUGGCAUUUCCAAAAAUUGCAAAAAAACUUUUUCACAACAAUCGUGUUUAUAUUUGGAUAACUUUUUGUAAUUUAUAUGGACUUUAUUGGCUUUUAUUUCGACAUCCUUAUAUUUUUAAUGGAUUGGAAUUUGGAGAUUUAUAUGACCCUUUAACUGGAUAUAUACCUUUUAGAAUGGAAUUUUUUAAAGAGGAUUUAAUAGAAUUAACGAUACAUAAUACUAUAUUGGCUGCUGGAUCACCAAUAAUUUAUACUUUAUUUGCAAUUUGCUUAAUUUUUAAAUUUCGAGCACUAUCUAAUAAAAUUACAAAAGAAGAAAUAAUGGUUGGUAGUUCUUUAAAUAUUUUUAGAAAAAGAAAGAAACCCAGUCCCUGCCCUAAGACUGGUCGAAAUAAUUUAAUAAAAAAUUUUUCUAUGAAUUUUCAACACCCUACGUGA